UUGCUCCUUACGUUGAAACUCCACAUCAUGCGUUUCACUUGCUUCUUUGUCGUGGUGGCGGCUUUUCUCCUAGCAACUACAAGCGCGGAGCAGAACGAUCGUGCGGCAAAGGAACAGUCGGCCACGAUGACACCAGAUGGGACAAUUCGGCGCUCAGUGUCCAAGCGUGCUCCCUUCGACCCCAGAUAUCCGGACAAGUCGCUAUAGCUGGACAUGAACUUGAAUGUGGCACAGCCUCGAUGGUGAACUUGAAAUCCGCUCUGCAACGAUGGAUUAAAAAAAACUUAGUAGUAGUGGUGUCUAUUGAGAUCAUUCUAGCUCCAUUAGCUCGGUGUUAAUAAUUCCCCCAGUGCUUUUGAACCAUACAAUGCAGGACUG